AGAAGAGAGGGAACAGAGAGAGGAGUUUAGACAAAAAUUCUAUUUUGUAUUUGGGAAAAAUUGCUGCGCAGCAUCUGAAAUUGAUUUAAAAUUCAUAAAAGGAUCAAAAAAAGGAAAGCAAAAGAAGAAGAAAAUUGGAAAGAAUAAGAAAGAGCAUGAAAAAAAGAGAUUUAAAAGAAAAAAUAGAAAUGUUUAGAUCUAUAUAAAAUGGCAUUUGGGAGAUCAGAGGCAAGAUUCUGGAGGUUCGUUGGAAUAAUAGCAAUAUGUGUAUGCUCGCUAAACCUACUGACAACAUUUCGCGGUCCUCAAAAGAUGACAGAUUUCCAGAAUGUGCAAUCAGUGGAGACUGUUACAACACCAGUUAAACACCAAUCGGACACACAAAAAGUAGUAGAAAAAGAAGAAGGAGAAGAGAAAGAAGAAGAAGAAACAGAUAGACAACACGAAAAAUCAAGUGAAAUUUCAUCAUUUUAUGCAAAAGAUAAUAUUUUUGAUGAGAUACGAAGAACAAAAAAAAUAGAAGAAAGCAUUAAGAAAAAUCCCCCAAAAAUAACUCGGUCGAUUCGUGGAAACGUUAAUGCUGCUGAUAUUGCAAAAUCCAUGAAGAAACCAGUUUGGCUUUCCGUAAGAGAUUUGAACAAAUAUUUCCUGCCUCGUCAUUUAUUAAUGCUUGGAAGAAAGCGCACAUCCAAAGGCUUUCUUGUAUUUGGCCUUCCAACUGUCCAUCGGAAAAAAGCCUAUUACUUAAAGGACACGGUCAAUUAUUUACUCAAACAUUUAUCCCCAGAAGAAAAAACACACGUUAUUAUUGUUAUAUUCGUCGCCGAUUUUGAUGAAAAUUAUCAACAAAAAGUUGUGUCAGACAUAAAGGAGAACUUUAAGAAGGACGUGGAGUCUGGUGUCAUACAAGUAAUCAAGGCACCAGAAAGUUAUUAUCCGAAUUUAGCUGCGUUACCUUUACUGUAUGGCGACAAGCCUAAUCGAGUCCAAUGGAGAUCAAAACAAAGCCUUGAUUACUCCUUCCUUUAUUUUUACUGUGCUGAUUUAGCGCAAUAUUACAUUCAACUAGAAGACGACGUUUUAACCGAACCAGGAUAUUUUAUGAAAAUCAAGAAUUACAUUGAAAAAAAAAAUAACGAAGGCGAUUGGUCAAUUUUAGAGUUUGGCACGCGGGGAUUUAUAGGAAUGACGUAUAAAGCCGAAAAUUUGCUGCAGUUAGCAAGAUUUACUCGUUUUUAUUUUUGGACAAUGCCGGUCGACUGGUUAUUUCGAAUAUUUAACGAUAUUUUCUUGUUUGGUAAUGAAAAACGCAAUGUGAUAUCGCCGCCUGUAUUUAAACAUGUGGGAGCAUAUUCAUCCCUAGAUGGUCAAAGACGCAAAUUGGAGGAUUUACGUGGAGGUAGGCCUGAGAGAAGUUUUCGAAGGUACCAGUCAAAGAAGGGGAAUCCACUAGCUAAAGUUACCACAAAUAUAGAUAACUUCGUGCUGCCGCACAGCGUAAAUUUACCAUAUGGUACAUCAGGGCUUUUUUGGGCAAAAGAAGUCAACCAAGGUGAUUACAUCGACAUUGUUUUUGAGAGAGAAUUUUCAAUAAAAAAAAUUGUUAUUGACAGUGGCUCUGCAAAGCAUCCUGAUGAUGCCUUAAAAGACACAGAGUUGUAUGUUGGUUACGCGAAUGAUUCUUGUGCUCAAUUUGAAGCCGCCAAGAAAUUCAUAAAUACACCAUUAGUAGUGCAUACGUUCAGCGAAUUGGAAGAACCAGUAAAAUGUGUGCGACUUCGUAUUGAUACGGUUCGUAAAGAUGAUUCGAAACGAAAGCGCUGGUUGAUUAUUAGAGAAAUAGCCAUCUUAUAAUUGUUAAGAAGCCUUACCGUUUAAAAGGGUUGCAACUUGGAACAUUCAAAAAGGCAUCAGAAUAAAAAAGCCUUUCAACCAGCUAGCAUCGUUUCAUGUGUUUUAAUAUGAAAUUUUUUAUAUUUAGGGAUAACGAGCGCCGUAAUUACUCGUUUAUCGUGCGGACCACGAGAAUAACUGCCUGAAGGUUACAGAGAGUGUAGGCGCAUGGUUAGCCGGUACGGUAAAUCGAAUAAUUACGGCGUAGAAAUACUAUUCUCCUGAUGCCAACUUUUUCAGCGUCUUUCAACGUUCACGCAGAGUGAUAAAAAUAAAAAGGCUUGGGAGAGUAUUUGUUACUUUUUGUAACAGUUUAGUUGGCAACUCUUUGUUUGUAUGUUAACUUUUUACGAUUAACGCGCCUUUGCAUAAGAAAACGAAUUGUAAUCCA